GUGGAAGUGGACAUAGUAUACAGUGCGAUGUUAUUCGUCUCUGUUUAUUAUUGCUGAGAUGAUCACAAAUAUACAUACAUGCAUGUAAACACUAAUGAUGUACUUAUAGCAGUCAAUUAUUUUAAGUGUUUGUUCAUUUAUAUUCUAAGUAGUUAACUUUUUGUUUACAUUUUGCACAAAUAAAAGUUUGGCAGGGAUGUGCUUCUAAUAACCUGUCGUUUUUCGCGGAAGAGCAAUACAUAUUCGCAUUCGAAAUGGGAAACAUUUAAAUUGUAGAUUGCUUUAUUCAGGAGCCUAUCAUUCUAACAAAGCAGACUUAAAAACUAUUUUUCAUGAAAUCAUGUGAACAAAUGAAUGCAAAUACAGUGGAGAAUUUUAUAUAUUUUGAGACGCUAGUAUAAAAGAAUGGAAAACGAAAAUCACCUCUAUAUGGGGAAUCAAUGAAAAAAUUCAGAUUACUAACCAUAUAACUAUCUGCUUUCAUACUGAGAACUUCUAUUUUGGAAUGUGCAAUCAAUGGAAAUCACUUGGAAUAAUAAUACUAACAGUAACACCGUUACAACUAAUUCAUCAGUACCAAACAUUACUGAGACUGUUUUCACUAAUAACAACACUGUUGGUCCUAAUGACACUCCAAAUGUCAUUCCGAACAGUGAUAGUAACAUUUUAAUGAAUGAUCGAGUCUCAGGAAAUGAUGUUAAGGUUACAGAAAAUGGUGAAGGUGUUAAUGGUUUGCGUAAACCACGUCGUAAAACAUCACAUGCUCAUUUAUUAAAGUCGAAAACAUUCUACAAAACCGUAGACAGAUUUCUAGGUCGAAAUCUACCCUUGAAACAAGUAACAAAUGCUUACAAAAGUCAUUUAGCGUCAAAUAAUCAACUUCCUAGUGUUGACCACAUCUCAGUACGUAGCCGUGAUUCAAUAACAGACAUCCUAGAAAAGUCUGUUUACAUACCAGCAUUUCUUAGAGCUCGCAAACAUCAUUGUCGUGUAGUACUGAAUGUUGGUGGUGAACGACAUGAAGUAAUGUGGAAGACUCUAAGGCGCCUACCGUUAUCUCGUCUUGGCCGGUUGAGUAUAUCAAAUAAUCCUGCAGAACUAGCUCAGUUGUUUGAUAGUUAUUCGAAUGAGAAAAAUGAAUUAUAUUUUGAUAGAUAUGCACGUUCAUUUGGUUCAAUCCUUGGUGUUUAUCGUACAGGACAUUUACAUUUUUUGGAAGACAUUUGUGUGGUGGCUUUUAAAAAUGAUUUAUUCUACUGGGGUAUAAAUGAAUACCAAUUAGAAACGUGUUGUUAUUAUAAAUAUUAUUUAAAAAAGGAACAGGUUCAAGAAGAAUUAAAGAAAACUAGAGAAAUAAAUCUAUCUCAGGCUCAAGAAGAACGAUUUGGCACAGGAAGGUGGGCUACAUUGCAAAAGUAUGUAUGGGACUUGGUUGAAAAACCUCAGACUUCAAUGGCUGCUAGAAUGAUACGUUUGUAAUUUGAUUAUUGUUGCUGUUGUCAAUGAUGAGGAUGAUAUUGAUAAAACUCAGUCCAGUAAGUGUAAUAAAUAGUGUAAUUUAUUACACAGGACGUAAUACAUUACAUAUUUGCUGUAAUUUCAAUAGCUUUCAUCAUAUUAUCAAUAAUUGGAUUGAAUUUAAGUACAAUACCUGAACUACGUGGAAAUUCGUCUGGAAUUAAUCAUGAUAAUCAUACCACAAGUAAUGCAGAUUAUGUAAACGAACAUUUAGAAACGUUAGAAUCAAUUUGUACAAUAUGGUUUACAGUUGAAUAUGCAUUACGCUUAUCAGUUGCGCCAAAUAAAUGUACAUUUAUUAAAAGUCCAAUGAAUCUUAUCGAUGUUAUUGCUAUACUACCUUAUUAUUUUUCUGUGAUUUUUGAAGUAUGGCUUCAUUCCCCAUUAGAUUCACUUGUAUCUAUGCGUAAAAUUGUACAAAUGUUUCGUAUUCUGCGUAUAUUACGUGUUUUUAAAUUAGCACGUCAUUCACAAGGUCUACAAGCACUUGGUUAUACAUUAAAGCAAUCUUAUAAGGAAUUAGGUUUAUUAAUGCUAUUUGUUGUACUUGUUGUUCUAUUAUUUUCAAGCUUAGCUUAUUUCGCUGAAAAAGACGAUAAUAAGAAUGAAUUUCAAAGCAUACCGGCUACAUUUUGGUGGGCUAUCAUCACUAUGACAACAGUUGGUUAUGGUGAUAUCACACCAAAAACAGUAUUAGGCAAAGUCAUCGGUUCAGUAUGCUGUAUAUGCGGUGUGCUUGUUGUCGGUCUACCAAUCCCAAUUAUUGUUAAUAAUUUCGCUGCAUUUUAUCAUGAUCAAAUGAGACGUGAAAAAGUUUUAAAACGACAAGAAGCUCAUAAUGAAGGUUGCCAGUUGGGAGAUACGAAUUUUCUGAAAAAGUCAAAUAUAAGUCAGAAAGCGUUAUACAAUAAAAGAAGUUUCAAUGUUAUUAGAGAUCGUUAUUCAUUAGGUUCAAUAAAAUCAGAAAAUGCUAUUGAGCGUGAUUAUCACAGUAAUUAUAACAGUUGUUGUAAUAAAUUGACAAGUGAGAAGGAAAGGAACUUUAUAAACAAAGAAAUAGGAAUCAUUAAUCCUAGCGACAAUUUGAUUAGAUAUAAACAAGUUAGUCUGAGUGUGAAUGAUGUCGAUAGUAUGGCUUGUGGUGAAUAUUAUUCAUGACAUUUAUAUUUCCACAAAUAUAAAUCGGUAGUAUGUUUGAAAAUGGGACUAUAUCAUACGAAUAAGAUCAGGUUGAUCUUUUUUCCUCCAUCUCUUUGUCUAUCACUUAAACGGUUUUUUUAUUUAUUUUUCCUUGAUCAUUAUUUGCACUUCAGUCAACUCAUGUUAUCGACUAUUCACACCAAAAGAUAAAUACUGAAUUUUUUUUCCCUUAUGUUCUUACCAUUUUUCCUACAACUAUUUGCACGAAUUAUCAGAAUUUUCGGAGUCUGAUGAAACAGAUUGUUUAUAAGUAUAAACGACAUCAUUUAUUUCAUUAAAUAUAAUUCUUUUAAAUAGAAAUAAAGAGAAUUCAACGAAAAAA